CCCUCAUUGUGUUGGUGUCGAUUGGUGAGGUCUGGUAUUCUGCGCGGGCUGGGAUUGUUCAGUGUUCACUCUGAAGCCGCUGUUUGUGUUUUUGCACAGUUGAAUAUUGGAGAUGGCCGAUGCGCAGGACGACAAGCGGUACAAAGCUGAAUAUGCGAAGAGCGGGCGAGCCUCCUGUAAGAAAUGCAAGGACAACAUCGCUAAGGACUCUCUGAGGAUGGCCAUCAUGGUGCAGUCGCCCAUGUUUGAUGGAAAAGUUCCACACUGGCAUCAUUUCUCCUGCUUUUGGCAUCGAGCUGCAGUGCAGGCGACCUCAGACAUAUCUGGCUUUACCGAUCUCCGCUGGGAGGACCAGGAGAAGGUGAAAAAAGCGAUUGAAGGUGGAGGCGCUCCUGGAGCAAAAAGUGAUCAGAAAGGAGCCGCUAAAGGAGAGAAGACGCUUAAUGACUUUGCAGUGGAAUAUGCUAAAUCCAACAGAAGCACCUGCAAGGGCUGCGAUCAGAAAAUUGAGAAGGAUCAGAUUCGUGUGUCAAAGAAAACAGUGGACCCCGAAAAGCCUCAGUUGGGCCUAAUCGAUCGCUGGUACCACACAAGUUGCUUUGUGAGCCGGCGUGAGGAGCUGGUCUUUAAACCUGAGUACAGUGCAGCUCAGCUUAAAGGCUUUGCUGCCCUACGAGCCGAGGACAAGGACGAGCUGAAGAAACGACUGCCUGCUGUUAAGACUGAAGGGAAAAGAAAGGCGGACAGUGUGGAUGGAGAAGGAGCCGCCAAAAAACAAAAGAAAGAGGCAGAGGAGGAGAAGCAGCUGCAGCAGCAGCUGAAGGAACAGAGCCAGUUGGUUUGGGGAAUUAAAGACAAGUUGAAGAAGUACUGUUCGACCAAUGAUAUGAAGGAGCUUCUCAUUGCUAAUGACCAGGAAGUUCCCUCAGGAGAGUCCAAUGUGUUGGACCGUCUAUCAGACUGCAUGGCUUUUGGGGCCUUAAAGCCGUGUGAGACCUGCCAGGGUCAGAUUGUGUUUAAGAGUGAUGCCUACUACUGCACAGGAGACAUCUCUGCUUGGACUAAAUGUAACGUUAGGACUCAGACCCCCAACCGCAAGGACUGGGUGACUCCUAAGGAGUUCCAUGAAGUUCCCUUUUUGAAGAAGUUUAAGUUUAAGCGCCAGGAUCGACUUUUCCCCAAAGAGGCUCCAGCUCCUCCUGCAGUUCCUGCCUCCACUGCUACUACUGCUGCUGCAACCUCCAGCACCUCCAGAGCACCCAUUGAGACUCCCACUGAAGUGCCUGCAGAUAAGCCUCUGACUGGACUGAAGGUGCUGACUGUGGGAAAGCUGAGUAAGAAUAAAGAUGAGCUGAAGGCUGCAGUGGAGGAACUGGGAGGGAAGAUUACUGGCACAGUCAAUAAAGCUGUUUUCUGUCUCAGCACUAAGAAGGAGGUAGAAAAGAUGAGUAAGAAGAUGGAGGAGGUGAGAGACGCUGGGGUGCGGGUAGUGUCUGAAGAUUUCCUCAGCGAUAUUAAGUCCUCAGGCAAAGCCCUGCAGGAGCUCAUCUCCCUGCAUGGUAUCUCGCCCUGGGGAGCGGAGGUUAAAUUGGAGGGUCCAGCUCCAGCCCCAUCAGGAGCUUCUAAGUCAACUGGAGCCAUGUCCUCAAAGAGCAGUGGGAGGAGCAACGAGGAAGAAGGUAGUAGCAAGUCAAAGAAGAUGAAGUUGACUGUUAAAGGUGGAGCUGCAGUCGACCCAGACUCAGGUUUGGGGAACUGCGCUCAUGUUUUGGAUCAGAAUGGCAAGAUCCACAGUGCUACUCUGGGUCUAGUGGACAUUGUCAGAGGCACCAACUCUUACUACAAACUCCAGCUGCUGGAGGACGACGUCCAGAAACGGUACUGGGUGUUCAGGUCAUGGGGACGAGUGGGAACCACUAUCGGUGGAAACAAACUGGAUAAGUUUUAUGACAAGAACUCUGCCAUGGACAACUUCCGAAGCGUGUAUGAAGAAAAGACAGGCAAUUCAUGGACCUCAAGUAGCUUCACUAAAUACCCCAACAAAUUUUACCCUCUUGAGAUUGAUUAUGGGCAGGAUGAGGAGGCAGUGAAGAAACUGGCCGCCAGCUCAGGCACCAAGUCUCAACUAGCUAAACCAAUCCAAGAGCUCAUCCGAAUGAUCUUUGAUGUGGAGAGCAUGAAGAAAGCCAUGGUGGAGUUUGAGAUCGACCUGCAGAAAAUGCCUUUGGGAAAACUGAGUAAGAGGCAAAUCCAGAGUGCUUAUUCUCUCCUCAGUGAAGUUCAGCAGGCUGUUUCUGACAAUGCUCCAGAGCCUAUGAUCCUGGACUUGUCCAACCGCUUCUACACUCUGAUCCCACACGACUUCGGCAUGAAGAAACCUCCCCUGUUAAGUAACUUGGACUACAUCCAGACUAAAGUUCAGAUGCUGGACAAUCUUCUGGACAUUGAAGUGGCCUACAGCCUGUUACGUGGAGGAGCUGAAGAUAACAAAAAAGAUCCUAUUGACAUUAACUAUGAGAAACUCAAAACUAAGAUUGAGGUUCUUGAUAACUCAUCAGAAGAGGCUCAGCUGAUCCACCAGUAUGUAAAGAACACACAUGCUUCAACUCAUAAUACUUACACACUCGAAGUUGAAGAGAUCUUCAAGAUUGAUCGUGAGGGUGAAUACCAACGCUAUCGUCCCUUCAAAGAAUUGCCCAAUCGGCAGCUGCUGUGGCACGGCUCCCGCACCACCAAUUAUGCGGGUAUCCUAUCUCAGGGUCUGCGUAUUGCUCCACCCGAGGCGCCAGUGACAGGUUAUAUGUUUGGCAAAGGUGUGUACUUUGCUGACAUGGUAUCUAAGAGUGCCAAUUACUGCCACACUUCCCAAGCUGAUCCUGUAGGCCUCAUUCUGUUAGGAGAGGUUGCUCUGGGCAAUAUGCAUGAACUGAAAAAAGCAUCACACAUCACAAAACUACCUAAAGGAAAGCACAGUGUGAAAGGUUUGGGAAGGACUGCUCCAGAUCAAGGUGCCACUGUCUCUCUGAAAGGAGUGGACAUCCCACUGGGUAAAGGAGUCAACACAAACAUUGAUGACACAAGUCUGCUCUACAACGAGUAUAUUGUAUACGAUGUUGCUCAGGUGAAUCUGAAAUACCUGCUGAAGAUUCGCUUUAAUUACCAAUCAUCUCUCUGGUGAGAGACCUGGUACAGAUCUGCCUUCUGAUCACUGUUUGCUAAAUGGAGCACAGAACCCAACACCAAGAAGCCACCGGAAAUUCUGACCAUUAAUCCAGUUCUGUAGUUCAUUUAAACAGGAUUCUCUACUGCUUUAGCGUGAAGCAAAUAACAAGAUAUUCCUUGUAAACCUCCCAAUACAGCAGUUUGCUGUAUUAGACUUGUCAUUUCUGUUGACACAAAGUAAUGUGAAAUUUGGUGAAAUGUCAGAAAUUUGAGGGCCUUGUUUAACUUGCUUAUGGCAAUAUAUCUUCCUUGGAUGCUACCGACAGUAUUGGGUAGAACAGUCUUCCAUUGGUUUUAUUAGACCUUUUUUUAAUACUUAUGUGCAAACUGGCUUUAAAUGGUUGGUCAUUUAGAAUUCUGGUAAGUGUCAACUGACAUUUUCUUUACUGAAAACAGACAGAAAAUACUGUAUACAGUUUUGGACAUUGAUGGGUUCUUGUAACACAGUGUUGGUUGUUCAUGAAUGGAACACAUUUACUAGGAUUCCUAGUAUUAGGACUGUUAGCAUUGUUUUUCUUCAUUUUUUGUUCUGUUUUAGUAAGACAAAUAGUUAAAAAAAAGUCUACAUUGUAUAGACACUUUAAAAUUGAAAAUGCUGGGCUAAGCAUAAUUCAGUAAGUGACUCCACUCAUCUAAAAAUUGGUGUUUCCCUGUAAACACCGUUUUUCUAAGACACACGUUGGGAGAUGGUCUAUGUCUGUAAGUUCUCAACAUUUGACAAAACAGAUGCUUAUUUGGUUGCUCUAUUUUUUUCUUUGUUUUUUUUACCAUGUUAAAUCCUGAAUAAAAUCAGUGCUUUGGGA